UACAUUUUCUUUAGCGAGAUUCGACCCUCUAGGCACUCCGUAGUUCGCGUCCGUUUCCUUGGAGACCGAGACCGGAAAGAAAGCGUCCAGUUUCUGGGAAGUUCGAGUGGCCUAGGGGACCGCGCGAUUCAUGCUGAGAUAAGGAAAUCGGAGAAGCCAAAUAAAUAGGCAUCCCAAGAGACCAGGGCCUCACGGACUCACGACUCGUCUUCCCUUUUCUCCAAUGGCGCUGGUCGUGCAGAAGCCGAGUCACUAUAGCAUUCGCGCCUCAAACCACAAGUUCCACAAGGAUCUGGCCUAUGUUCCAUGGCAGCGGUCCAACCAGAAAACCAAGCCAUCUGCUCUUCCUCCAGUCCAGCAAGCCAACGGCCACAAGAAAGGCAAAAUGAAGUCUUUCACUAGCAUUCAACCAGGGUUGCAUUCCAAGCCCAGCUUGUUGAGGCCGAACCAAAAGAGGAAUUCACGAGAUAAGGUGGACCCUACGGAGAUGCAGGCCAGAAUCCGGCUGAUGAGAGCGAUGAUCAGGAACCGGCGAAACGCACUCCAGGAGCUCUGCCACCACGAGAGCUUCCUCACCAAGCACAAUCAGCACCUGGUGAAGACCAUCCAGGACAUGGAGGACAGCGUGGCCCAGACAGUGCGGACAAAGCUGCAGCAGCAGGAGACCCUCUCGAACGUCAUCGACAUCUUGAAGUACUCAAACAAGAAGAAGCUGCAGCAGUUGAAGUGUGAGCUUCAGGAAUGGGAAGAGAAGGAGGCAUCCAAAGUGAACCAACUGGAGCAGCAGUUGAAGCACCUGACAGCCAAGAUCCAGAAGACCCAGGAGGAAGUGAACUUCUUGAGCACUUAUAUGGACCAUGAGUAUCCUGUCAAGUCGGUCCAGAUUGCUACCCUCAUGCGCCAGCUGCAGCAGAUGAAGGACAGCCAGCAGGAUGAGCUGGAAGAAAUUAACGAGAUGCGCAGAAAGGUCCUGGCGAACUUGUCCAAACAGAUACGGGAGAAGCAGGAAAAGCUUCUGAUGUCUCUGGUGGUGAAAACCCAGUCUCCCCAUGAGAAGGCGCUUCUGCAGAAGACCCGCGACACUCAGCAGUUGCGGAGAUACUUGGAAAAGUUCAGAGAGUCUAUUGGCCAGUUUGAAGCGGAAAUACCCUUAUUAAGGAAGGAGGUGAAACAGCUCCACAUCCAGAUCCUGGAUCCCCGAGAGAUCUUAUUUGCGGACGUUCUGCUUCGGAGACCCAAGUGCACCCCCGACAUGGACGUCAUCCUCAACAUCCCCGUGGAAGAGGUGCUGCCCUUCUAGGGGCGGGGCCACGGCCUCCCCUCCCUCCCAGCCCUGUGCGCCUGGACCCUGGGCUUCACAUCUCCAUUCAGGCCCUGGCCCGCCGUCCCUCCUCGUACCUCCCUUUCCUCCCUCUCUUUCCUUCCUUCCCCCUCCUUUUGUCCCUUCCUCCCUCCUUUCCGCUUGGUACUGCUGCUUGGGCCAGGUCGGGAUUCCCAGUCAAACCUGCCUUUCCUUUUUACCAGUAAAGCUGGGUUUGCUUUUGUGCUUUGCCAGUGCCUGGGGGUUCUCUACCUUGUAGCAGGUGUAGUGGGAAUGGACAUUGUCUUAAGCUGAGGGGUGCGCAACAGUACUGACCCCAUCUGGGGCUCGAACCGCUAGAGCAGGGCUGGGGUGACCCCCUGCCUGAAUCCCCAUGGCUCGGUGGCUGUGGCCACUCCCUUCCUGGUACAGUUUGCCUCCCAGUUUGGCCCAGGCCUGUCAAGGCCAGUGCCAGGGUGGAGGGAACACGCUUGUGUCUGAUACACCCAGGAACUUGCUGGGCCUUCAUCACUGGGGCCGCCUCUUGUCUAGUGCCACCGCCUGUCCACUGCCUCUGCCCCAGCUGCAUAUGGACACGAGCAGAAGCCUGAGCC